AUGAAGGGAGACACCAGACAACUCAACGGAGAGGAGGACGCCAGCAGGAGGGAAGACUCCAUCCUCACCAAUGGGGGCUGCAGCGACCAGUCUUCUGACUCCAAGGAUGCGCCCUCGCCCCCGAUCCUGGAGGCUAUCAGCACCCCUGAGAUCCGAGGCCGCAGAUCAAGCUCACGACUGUCCAAGAGGGAGGUCUCCAGCCUGCUAAGUUAUACUCAGGACCUGACGGGUGAUGGAGAUGGCGAGGGAGAAGACGGGGAUGGCUCCGACACUCCAGUGAUGCCAAAGCUCUUCCGGGAAACCAGGACUCGGCCUGAAAGCCCAGCUGUCCGAACCCGAAAUAACAGCAGUACCUCCAGCCGGGAGAGGCACAGGCCCUCCCCACGUUCCACCCGAGGCCGGCAGGGCCGCAACCACGUGGACGAGUCCCCCGUGGAGUUCUCAACUACCAGGUCCCUGAGGCGACGGACGGGAUCCUCUGCGGGCACGCCGUGGCCGUCCCCUGCCAGCCCCUACCUCACCAUCGACCUGACAGACGAGGAUGUGGUUCCGCAGAGCAGCAGUACACCCUACGCCCGCCUGGCCCAGGACAGCCAGCAGGAGAGCGUGGAGACCUCGCAGGUGGACGCAGAGGGCAGAGACGCAGACAGCACUGAGUAUCAGGAUGGGAAAGAGUUUGGAAUAGGAGAUCUUGUAUGGGGAAAGAUCAAGGGUUUCUCCUGGUGGCCUGCCAUGGUGGUGUCCUGGAAGGCCACCUCCAAGCGGCAGGCAAUGUCUGGCAUGCGGUGGGUCCAGUGGUUUGGUGAUGGCAAGUUCUCUGAGAUUCCAGCAGAUAAGUUGGUGGCAUUGGGAUUGUUCAGCCAGCACUUUAACCUGGCGACCUUCAAUAAGCUGGUCUCUUACAGGAAGGCCAUGUACCAUGCUCUGGAGAAAGCCAGAAUCCGGGCUGGCAAGACAUUCACCAGCAGCCCUGGAGACUCACUGGAGGAUCAGCUGAAGCCCAUGUUGGAGUGGGCCCAUGGAGGCUUUAAGCCCACUGGGGUCGAGGGUCUCAAACCCAACAACAAGCAACCAGAGAAUAAAACGCGGAGACGCACAGCUGACGACUCGGCCACCUCUGACUACUGCCCCCCACCCAAGCGCCUCAAGACAAAUUGUUAUAACAACGGCAAAGACCGAGGAGAGGAGGACCAGAGUCGAGAACAAAUGGCUUCGGAUGUUGCCAGCAACAAAAGCAACUUGGAAGAUAGCUGUUUGUCCUGUGGUAGGAAAAACCCCGUGUCCUUCCAUCCUCUCUUUGAGGGUGGGCUCUGCCAGACAUGCCGGGACCGCUUCCUUGAGCUCUUCUACAUGUAUGAUGACGACGGCUACCAGUCCUACUGCACCGUGUGCUGCGAGGGCCGCGAGCUACUCCUAUGCAGCAACACUAGCUGCUGCCGGUGCUUCUGUGUGGAGUGCCUGGAGGUGCUGGUGGGCGCGGGCACAGCGGCGGAGGCCAAGCUGCAGGAGCCCUGGAGUUGCUACAUGUGUCUCCCGCAGCGUUGCCAUGGCAUCCUGCGGCGCCGCAAGGACUGGAGUGUGCGUCUGCAGGCCUUCUUCACCAGCGACCCUGGGCUCGAAUACGAAGCCCCCAAGUUAUACCCUGCAAUUCCUGCAAACCGAAGGCGGCCUAUUCGAGUCUUGUCACUGUUUGAUGGAAUUGCAACAGGGUACUUGGUCCUCAAAGAACUGGGCAUCAAAGUGGAGAAAUACGUGGCCUCUGAAGUGUGUGAAGAGUCCAUUGCCGUUGGCACCGUUAAGCAUGAGGGCAACAUCAAAUAUGUGAAUGACGUCAGGAACAUCACAAAGAAAAACAUUGAAGAAUGGGGCCCAUUUGACUUGGUGAUUGGUGGAAGCCCAUGCAAUGAUCUUUCCAAUGUGAACCCUGCCAGGAAAGGCCUGUAUGAGGGCACAGGCCGCCUCUUCUUUGAGUUCUACCACCUGCUGAAUUACACGCGCCCCAAGGAGGGUGAAGACCGGCCUUUCUUCUGGAUGUUUGAGAACGUGGUGGCCAUGAAGGUUGGCGACAAGCGGGACAUCUCUCGGUUUUUGGAGUGUAACCCAGUGAUGAUUGAUGCCAUCAAAGUGUCUGCUGCUCACAGAGCCCGAUACUUCUGGGGCAACCUGCCCGGGAUGAACAGGCCUGUGAUAGCAUCCAAGAAUGAUAAACUCGAGCUGCAGGACUGCCUGGAGUUCAAUAGGACAGCAAAGUUAAAGAAAGUACAGACAAUAACCACCAAGUCGAACUCGAUCAGACAGGGGAAAAACCAACUUUUCCCUGUUGUCAUGAAUGGCAAAGAAGAUGUUUUGUGGUGCACUGAGCUAGAAAGGAUCUUCGGCUUCCCUGUGCACUACACGGACGUCUCCAACAUGGGCCGCGUGGCCCGGCAGAAGCUGCUGGGGAGGUCCUGGAGCGUGCCCGUCAUCCGACACCUCUUCGCGCCCCUGAAGGACUACUUUGCCUGUGAAUAG